GGCACGCUGAGCUGAGCCGGGCUGGAGCGGAGGGUCCUUGCAGAGCCCAGGACUUCCAGCUCCUGACGCCCCUCGCCGAGCCAGCAGCAUCCCUCCCCCCCACCACCCCAAAAGUUGUGAUGCUUUUCUUUACCCAGUGCUUUGGGGCUGUGUUAGAUCUCAUUCACCUCCGCUUUCAGCACUACAAGGCUAGACGGGUUUUCUCCGCUGCCGGGCAACUUGUCUGCGUGGUAAACCCCACGCACAACCUAAAGUAUGUGUCCAGCCGACGCACCGUCACCCAGAGUGCACCAGAGCAAGGCAACUUCCCCCCUCAUCACCUCACCCACCACCACCGCCAUCACCGCCCCCACCACCACCUCCGCCACCAUGCUCACCCACACCACCUCCAUCACCAGGAGGCAGGGCUGCACGCCACCCAGGUGACGCCCUGCAUGUGCCCCCUGUUCUCCUGCCAGUGGGAAGGCCACCUGGAGGUGGUGGUACCCCACCUGCGGCAGAUGCAUAGGGUCGACAUCCUUCAGGGGGCUGAGAUAGUCUUCCUGGCCACGGACAUGCACCUCCCCGCCCCAGCCGACUGGAUCAUCAUGCACUCCUGCCUGGGCCACCACUUUCUGCUGGUGCUUAGGAAGCAGGAGAGGCACGAAGGGCACCCCCAGUUCUUUGCCACCAUGAUGCUGAUCGGGACCCCCACCCAGGCCGACUGCUUCACCUAUCGCCUGGAGCUCAACAGAAACCAUCGGCGUCUCAAAUGGGAGGCCACCCCUCGGUCUGUCCUUGAGUGUGUGGACUCAGUGAUCACCGAUGGGGACUGCCUGGUCCUCAACACCUCACUGGCCCAGCUUUUCUCCGACAAUGGCAGCCUUGCCAUCGGUAUCGCCAUCACUGCUACGGAGGUCUGCUCCUCAGAAGCUGAGAUGUGAAACCAGAGGCUGCCAGAUGUUUAGGCACAGCCACCAUCCACCCAGACUCUCUGCCUGUGUCCCUGGGAUCUCUGAAUGCCAGGACUCCAGGCUUCUUUUUAGUCUUCUCCCUCCUUCUGUCCUUCCUUCCUUUUUUUUUUUUUUUGGUCUCAGGUACUUUGUGGUAUUUAGUAUUUGUCUGCCAUGGGCAUUACAGUAGGUCAACAGCCUGUGAUUCAACAUCUUGGUGUGAUGCUUGUCCUGAUUUGUCAGUAUGGCUUUAGAGAGCAUUUGUCAUCUAAUUCGGUCAGAAUGGUUAUUUCCUAUACCCCCAGCAUCCUUCUUCACUACUUCCCACGUGAGUAAAAGACACCAACACCACAAAGCAGACUGUUGGGGUUGAAAGGGGACUUAGGGUCCAAAUCAUUUCUUCCUUUUCAGUCUACUUCAGACCAAGCUAACUCGGAAUUGUGUGAGGACAGCAGGGUGGGGAAGGGGACCUGGGCAGCUCAGAGUUCUACUUCAAACCAACCAGUUACAACUCUGACCCCCUCCCAGAAAGCUGAGGGUCAGAGCUAAGCUUCCUGGACACAAGGAGAUGGGUUUUCCUCCAAAAGCCAGGGUACUGGGCUGGAGGUGAUAUCAUGCCAUGAGGCCACCAAAGUGACCCUGGGACUCAUGGGGGUGGGUAGAUGUUUAACUCUCUGUUGGCAGGCUGCUGUGGGCUUGCUGUCAGCCUGGGCUGUCAGUUCCUGUGCUGGAGUCAAAGUCCUCAUGUUUUUGGUGCUUUCUUGAAAACCUCUUCACCCUCCAUUGAGCAAGUAGGAGAAAAGAACAGGCAAGAUGCAAAGGAAGAGAAGCCACUGAGAAAAAAAGAUAAAAUUAAUCUCCCACUUCUGGGAGGGCGUUCUCUCUUCAGAGAGUUUUAUCAUCAAAUUGUAAAAUCCGUCAAUCCUGCCACUGGGGUGGAACUCUUGUAUCACACCAAGAACCCACUUUACUCUUGAUAUCCUGUGAACCAGAACCACAGCUGAGCAUCAAACCCAAGGAAUUGGGAGGGUGUGCCUAGGACCUCUGACCUCGGAGGUCAGAGGUGGCUCAUACACCUGGGACAGGGGGAGAGGGGGUCCUCUUUCUCUUACUUUCUAAAUGCUCCAAGGACCCCCCUGUUCAGCACACAAACAUUGUCACUGGUCAACUAUUAUCAGCUCCCUGUUGCAGCGUGAAUGAAAAGGUGACAAAAAUCCAUCUUGCCUCUACGUAGACUGCUUUCUUAUAUUUGCUGUUGGAACAACUGAACACCUUCUUGUGGAAGUCUCUCUUGUGUAUUUGAAGAAAGUAAGCAUGUUUAAUCGACUUUGUCCCUUCUGUUCAAUGGUGAACACCUUUCAGCCUUCCCACUAGACCCCCUUCUCCCUCCUGUCUGACAUUUCUGUUCUCUCCUUGGCUGCUCUCUAGCCGCUGUAAAGCAUGGCACCUGAACCCUACACAAUGCUCAUUAGAAUUGAGUGAGCCUUGCGCCAUUCAGACGUCGCUCUCUGCCCUUUUCCCUCAUCUCGGCCAACUUGGCUGCAUCUGGGCAGGCCUCCAAGUGAGUACUUAGUUUUAGGCAAUUUGCCCUGGCUGGCCAUCAGCAGUCUUUUCCCCACUAAAAAUAAUUGAUCCCAAAACGUAUCUCCCUUCCCCUCACCAAAUUAGGAAAUCCUCUAGCCACCCGUGCUGCCAACCCAUACCCCAAGCACCAGAAGGGUGGCACUAGUCAGUAGAAAAUGUCUUAAUGCAGCCCCCUCUAGUCACACAGCAAUCGCUGAGACCCUGGGGCCAACCUUUUGUUAGGUUAGAGCCCUAAGGGGGUCAAUAAACAUCGCAUCACUGACUGAGGCAAAUAUCAGGUCAUGAUCCCAAGGAAAGGGAUUGCUCUUGUUUUGUCAGAACAUCCUACCAGGGCACCAGCUCUCCCCUCAACCACACAGACAGCCCAGGAACAAGCUGAGGCUGGUUGGUCAGCACUGGGACAGACUGGCUCACUUGGUUCCUGACUUUAUCCCCAGGACCAUUCCCAAAACCUCAGAUCUCCUUGCCCGUAUGUUUGAUUCUUUGAGAAGCCACAGUUCCUCCCCUGGUUUCUGUUACUCAACUACUCUGAAACAUUUCUAUAGCAUCACAGGUGCCCCAGAUAAACAAACAGACAAAACCUCAACAAGAAUAUAAUUACAGUUCACAGGGGCCUUAGAAUUCCUAAAAACAUCACCUCUGCCUUCUUGUUGUGCUGUUACCUGAGCCCAACUGGAAAUAACUUCAGGCCAUUAUUGCACACAAGACUGUAUUAUGCCUAGGUGACCCCAGGUAGGAACUUGUAUUUUCGGUACUUAGAAAUGUUUAGAAUAAAGGGUAGAAAUGUUUUAUUUUCAUACAUCUGUGGUGCUCCCAAGAAAGCCUUCCUCUCUAUAUCCACAUGUGAAGAAUUGUAGAAAAAGGAACAAACCAAAAACAAUGACUAGAAAAAACAGUACCAACAGACUGCGCUGCGGCAAGCUCUAUAGUCAGAGUGCUCUCCCAUUCCAGUCUUGGGUUACUUAUUAUUGGCACCCUCAAUAUACUAGAAAAAACAGAGACUCUGAGACAUGAAAUGACCUUCCAAAGGUCACACAUCAAGUAGGACCAUGAUUAGAACUCAGACAACUGAGUACACAUUGAUGUUCUUGAAAAAGAAAGGCUGACCCCUAAGGUUUCAGCAGUGUUCCCACCUCAUCCGUCAACUGUGGGCCCAAAGGUCAACCCGGUCUUUGUUCUGAGAUACCUGAGUGAUCAAGGAGAGAGAGAGACUGGCCUGGAUUUGCUUUUAAAGGCAGCUCAGCUUGAAGAACCAGUCCACCUGGAGGCAGGGGUGGGUGUGGGGAGUGAAGGAUUAGCUGUGGAGUCUUCAGUGCCCUCAGGCUCAUCACCCACUCCAGGGUCCUCAUUCUCAGAUUUCCCGGGAGUCUGGAGAGUCUGUGGGGUGAAGAGCCCUGGCAUCCCAUGAUCUCAUUCACACCUAGGUGCUGACUUAAUGACUCACCCUCUAAGGGGUAUCUGCACUCUAAAAGUAGGCCUGGGGAGAAAGCCACACUUACCACAAGAAAGGAGUCACCAGUACUUAAACUUCAGGCAUCUGUGAGAAUGAUUUUUUUCAGGAUGUGUAGACAUCCCUCCCCUAGAGGUGUCUACAUACCCGGUAGACGCUGAUACGGAGGUCAGCCCAUACAAAGGUUGUCUUUGACAGUCUUUGCAUGGACCUGCAUCUGAGAUAGAUCCCAUCACAACCUGUGGCUACUAUGGACAUUUUAGAAAUAGGCCAGAUUAAUAAUAAUAAUAACAGUACUGAUGGCUACCAUUUAUUGAGGGUUUAUUAUGUGACACAGUAGAUUGAACACUUUGAAUAUAUUAUCUCAUUUCAUCCCCAUAACAACCUUAUGAAAUAGGUACUGUUAUUGUACCUGUAAGAAAUUUAAGCUGGGAGAGUUUGGACCUCAUUUAAGAUCAUACAGCCAGCAAAUAGUGAAGCUGGGUCUGUAACCCACAUGUCUAACUCUAAAGUCCAGGCUUCUGACCAAUAGCAACUUGUGCAUUUCUAUAAAUUGGUGGACCCAAGGCUCAGAAAGUCUGAAUGGCACAGAGGCCUUUUAGUACUAACUGUGCCCUUUCAUUUCUCUUUUUUUCCUGCUCUUCUCCCAGCCCAAGACAGCUGCUAUGCUAAAGCUGGUUUGUAUAUUAGUUGUUAAAUGUUUUGGGAAAUCUGCAAGCUAAGUACAGCCACUACUAAAAAUUAGAUUAUCUAAAUUUACAAUUAGUUAUAUUAAAAACAAAGGUGAUAAAUAUUCAAAACUCGCCACUUCCUUUUUUUUUUUUAAUAAAUUCAUUUUUUAUUGGUGUUCAAUUUACCAUCAUACAGAAUAAC